GACACGUUCGAGAUCGUGGCGGUCAACGGGUCGGGCUGGGGCACGAUCGCCCAGCUCUGGCAGGAGGAGGUGGCCGGCGCUGGGUUCGCCGAGAGCCACCGCGCAGACGCGCGGUUCGUCCAGGAGACGCACCUCCACGCGCGCGACAUCAGCGCCCAGGAGGCGCGGUGCAGGCGCGCGGCGGUGAAGGCCGCCCUGGCGCCUGGCGCGGCUGGCAGCGGCGGCGCGGGAGGCGCCCGCGCGGCCUCGGGCGGCCCCGGGGUCGCCGCCCCCGCCGCGCGCGGCCUGGCCAACGCCAGCGCGGCGGGCGGCGGCCGCGUGACCUGCAGCGACGGGCGCGGCGUCGUCGCGGUGACGGGCGCGGGCGGGCCCCGGGUCAUCGGCGGCGACUUCGACGCCGCGCCCGACGUUUUCAAGGCGAAGGCGGGCUGGUGGCUGGAGGCGGCGCAGGGCGCCAUCGCGCAGUCGGCCGAAGGCGAGACCUGCUUCCAGAGGCCCCGCUGCGCGGUCAAGCUCGCGCUGAAUGCGCGCGUGGAGAUCGCGCCCAUGCGGGUCCUGAGACAGCCGGGGGCAUGCCCGAGGGAGCUGCCCAUCGCGAGCCCGACGUCCGACCACCUGCAGAUCUCGGGCGGCCCCACGUCGAGCGGGCAGGCGUGGCGCCUCCUCGCCGUGGCCGACUGCCUGGGCGACGCCGCGAUGCAGCGCCGCGCGCGGCGGCGCGUGCCCGCGUGGGCGGCCAAGUGCUGCGGCGCCCGCUGGGUUGCCGCGAUGGCGGCCGUGGCCGUCGCGACCGCCGAUGCCCUGGCGGCGCUGGCUUCCGAAGCCCGUGUCGAGGCAGCCGCGCCGGCCGCCGAGCGCAGCCGCCGCCGCCACGAGCGCUUCAGCAAGUGGGUGCUGGAUGCGCUCGAGCACGGCGCGGGCGGGCGGCGCGCCCCACGCGGCUGGCUCGAGGACGAGCUGGACAUGCUAGGGGGCCCCAGGGCGGGCCAGCGCGAGGUAGACGCUGUCGACGGGUACUGGGCGCGCGAGGUCUGGAGCUUGGACGACGGGUUGGACGGGCGGCGGGACUUCGAGCGGCAGACGGACUCGGAGGCGCUGCCCGGACCGACGGCGGCCGAGUGGCUGGACGCCGCCAAGUCUUUCGCGAAGCGCACGGGCACGGGCGUCGACUGCGUCUCGCCCCGUGCAUUCGCCCAGGUGUCCGAGGCCACGGCCGAGAUCUUCGUGGACAUCGGCGCGGCAGCCGAGGAGUGGGGCGGCCGGCCGCUGGCGGCGCGGGCGUCACUCAUCGUGAUGCUGCCCGAGCCCGCGGGAGGCUGGCGACCCAUCGGGCUGCUCUCCAGCGCCCUGAGGAUCUGGAACAAGCUCGAAAUCCAGGCGGCGCUGAAGGCCGGCGCCCUGGGCGCCAAGCCAACGAAGGCCACGAAGAACCCAGGUGUGGACUUCUGCCUGGACGGCUCGGCCGCAGCGGGAGCGGCGAGGAAGCGGCGCGCCAGGGCCCGCGAGCAGCUCGGGCGGGUGGCGUCGCGCUGGCCGCCGCGCCCUGGCGCGGCCACCUGGCGCUCGCAGGCCGAGCGGGCGCUCCUGGCCUGGGGCCGCGGGCUCGCGCGGAACCGCCCCGACGCGACCUGCGACGUGCUGCGGGCGCGGCGGCAUGCCGCGCAGGUCCGCCUCGAGCAAGGGCCCGGCGCGCUGGCGGGGCACACAGCGACGCACCGCCGGGCCAUGGAUAGCGGCGCGACGCUGAAGCUUGAGGAGAUCGGCAGCCACGCGCUCUGCAGGCGCAUCCGCGACUCGCACCAGCGGCGGCUUUGGCGCGAGGCCGUGGCCCGCGACGCGGAUCUCGAGCGCGCGGCCAGCAGCGCAGCCACCCGCGGCCUCCGACGGCGGCUGCUCGGCGCCAAGGCAACCCCCGAACAGCGGGCUCGGUGGUCCAGCGCCCGCAACGCGGCUCUCGGCGGGCUCUGGCCAGUGGCCCGCCGAGCCGCCCUCGGCCCGCCGCUGCGCCGCUCGGGGGCCCGCCCCGCGGGAUGCGGCGGCCGCGGCGCGGCGCGGCACCUCGCCUGGCGGCGCCCCGCCCUCGCGGCGGAGAGGCGCUACGCCAUCGCGGGGGACGAGGCGCCGCGGGCCUUCGCCGACGUGGCUGAGGCUUCCGACAGCGAGGACCCCCGCUACUCGAGAGCACUCAUCCCAGAACAGACGGCCGCCCUCCCGCCACCGUUGGAGACCGAGGAGGCGCGGUGGAGCAGCUGCGGCUACGCGGCCUUGGCGGGCGCCAACGUCCCGUGCACCGGCGGCUCGGCAAUGCGCGGCAAGGCGGGGUCGCCCGAGGCGUGUGCCGGCUGGGGGCUCGCGACGCUGCAGGCCCGCGGCGAGCCGCGCGGCGCGGGCGGCGUCCUCGAGAUCGGGACGGACUGCAAGCUGCUCGUGACGGGCACUGCCGCGGGCAAGGUGCGGCGCGAUUUCCGGCGGGCCGUGGGCAGUUUCGGCGGCCAACAGCGCGCGCGGGUCACCGAGGAGAAAGGGCACGCCACGCUCCGCUCCGCCACCGACGGCCACACCAGGACGGACGACUACGAGGGCGACCGCGCCGCGGACAGCAUCGCCAGGAAGGGCGCGGAGCUCCACCCCAUGAACGAGGCGGCGAUGGAGCGCAUCGGGCUGGCCGAUGCGAUCGCAGCGGCAACGGCCCGCUGGCUCGGCGAGGCGCUGCAGCUGGGGCGCACCGCCCUCGCGGCGGCCGACGGCGCGGACGCGGGCGCGGCGGAGUCCACCUGCCGCGGGCGCAGCUGCGGGCGGCGGGGCGCCGCGCGCUGCAGCGACGGCGGGCCGGGCUGCAGGCGCGGCACGGCGGUCUCGGGCGCGAACGGCACGCGCUGGCUCUGCGACGCUUGCGCGGGCCGCUCGGAUG